GUUUUGGGCUCAAAGAGGGGCCCUCUAUUGGUCAGCCGCCACUGGAUGUAUCUCAUCUGACCGUUUAACUUUAGCUUUCUGAUGAAACUUCAUGUACUAGUAUGUUUACCAGAAGCAUUUUAUUCUGAAAUAUUCCCAGAAGUCCCACGCAUGUGUGUUCUUCCGGUGACACACACUAGUAACGUUACUCGUUGGCGCGUGGCUGCAUCUUUUAACUGGUACGACAACAAGAAGUGCACGCGACGUCCCAGGCAGCUCGGCGGGAUCCCUCUUGGUGGUGAAAGAUUGACUGAAGCCCAACAAUGCCUGUGGCCUCCACCAGGACAGAGCCCGUGCCCCAGAUGUUGGAUGCGAUGAGUGACAGCACCACCAGCUCCACCACAGCCAAUGACCUGGACCUCAUCUUCCUCAAAGGCAUCAUGGAGAGCCCUCUGGAGCAAGAGGAGAGCCUGAAGGAGCCGCGGCCGUCACCAGUGAGGGAGAACAAUGUGGAGCUCCUGCAGGAGAUCCUCAGGGACCUGAACCCCUUCACAGACGACUCGGAAACCGCGGCAGAGCUAACCUGCAUUCUGACACAGCCUCACUUCCAGUCUCUGCUGGAGACUCACGAUACAGUGGCGUCCCAGGCUUGUGACAGCCCCGCUCCCAGCCCGUGUGAUUUUGUGGAUCACGAGCAGGAAGACUGCCCCACACACAACCUACCGCCGGCCCCUGACGCAAUCCGCAUGGUGGGAAUUCGCAAAGUGGCUGGAGAGCACCUGGGUGUUACAUUCAAGGUGGAGGGUGGUGAGCUGAUUAUAGCCCGCAUCCUCCAUGGAGGGAUGAUAGACCAGCAAGGACUGCUGCAUGUAGGAGACGUCAUCAAAGAGGUGAAUGGACGAGAGGUGGGCCAGGAUGCCAGGGUUCUGCAGGAGGAGCUGCAAGCAACCAGUGGAAAUGUAGUUCUGAAGAUACUGCCAAGCUACCAUGAAACCAUACAGCCAAGACAGCUGUUCUUCAAGUGCCACUAUGACUACGACCCGGCCAACGACAACCUGAUCCCCUGUAAGGAGGCGGGAUUAAGGUUUGAGACAGGAGACAUCCUGCAGAUAGUCAACCAGGAUGAUGUCAACUGGUGGCAGGCCCGUCAUGUGGAGGGUGGCAGCGCGGGCCUGAUACCCAGUCAGAUGCUGGAGGAGAAGAGAAAAGCGUUUGUCAAGAGAGACGUAGAACUGGCACCAGCAGGAAAUCUUUGCACUGGUGUUGGAGGGAAGAAGAAGAAGAAAAUUAUGUAUGUAACAACCAAAAAUGCAGAGUUUGACAGACAUGAGAUACUACUCUACGAGGAGGUGGCCAAGGUCCCACCUUUCAAGAGGAAAACUCUGAUUUUGAUUGGUGCCCAGGGUGUCGGGCGGCGGAGACUGAAGAACAAGCUUCUUCUGAGGGAUCCACUACUCUUUGGCACCACCAUUCCAUAUACCUCCAGAAAACCCAAGAAGGAAGAUCGCGAGAGUCGGAUGUACGCCUUCACCAGCCGCAGCAAGAUGGAGGCCGAUAUCAAGAACGGGCGCUAUCUGGAACAUGGAGAGUACGAUGGCAACCUGUAUGGAAUAAAGAUGGACUCCAUACACGAGGUGGUUGAGGCUGGACGUGUCUGCGUGCUGGACGUCAAUCCCCAGUCCCUCAAAGUGCUGAGGACCUCUGAGUUCCUGCCCUGUGUGGUGUUCCUUCAGGCUCCAGACCUCGAGGUGAUGAAGGCGAUGAACCACUCAGCGGUCGAAGCAGGCGUGAUUCCCAAGUCACUGACGGAUGAAGAGCUGCAGAGGACAUGCGAUGAGAGCACCAAGAUGCAGGCGGCCUUCGGCCAAUACUUUGACCUCAGCAUCAUCAACGACAACUUGGACGAGACCUACCGGACCGUCAAAGCCGCCCUGGAAACGGUUUCUAAAAACCCGCAGUGGGUCCCGGUUACCUGGGUCUUCUAGAAAGAGGCGUGUGUGUGUGUAACCAUCGUUUAAGUAUUGAUUUAUUUAUGUUUUUAAUCUUCAUGAUCAAAAAUACAACUGUCAUUGUCUGUAUGUCAUGAGACAUGGAUACCAAUUACACUCAAUCAUACAGCUAUUAGAAAUAAUAUUUGUUAGCCCUAAUAGUAUGAGAAGGAAAAAGUCAGCAAUUUAUAUUGUCAUUAAUACAUUGUUUAGAAUAUUCUUAGUGGCAAUAAUAUUUGGUACUCUGUAAUCAACCGUGACUGUUGCGUUUCUUUAUUCAGCCAUAGAUAGCGACUUACAAUGUAGGAUUUGUAAUAAAACCAUGCUAUACUAUGUCAUGUACGAGGGGGACUAAAGACGCUUCUGGGGUUAUUGAGCUAGGAAGACAAUGGGGCCAAAUGUAAAAUGUUUACAAAGAGUGAGGGACUCUGCAUGGUAUGCAUUUAACAUUUAAGUUUAAAAGAGUGUCCCAUGUCUCGUUAGCAUAAUGGUACGUGUAGCUCCCGUCCACUUGCUCUCUUUUGUUGCCCUUAAGCAUUGUGGGCUAUUUUCCAAACCAUGUAUUUUUUUCCCUUGGAUUUUCUCUGUUGCUUUGAACAUGGUGGUUCUCUGCACUCGGCUCCAUCCACUGCUACACCUUUUUCAGCCUACCCCAUGGUAUGGUUGGAGUAUUUAGACAGCCCCAUAUUGAUCAUGAACACAGCCAGUGUUCCCCAGGAUCUAAAGGUCCCCACUAUGGUUAAUGGAGCAGUUGUAUAGUUUGAGCUCCAUUGACAGAUAUACACAGAAGCUCUAUUUUAUGACUAAAUGCUAUUUCAUAAGAAUGGGAACGCUGUUUAACACUUAUACUAUGAUACUUCUUCUUUUGUACUCUUUAUGCUACUAAGAGAAAGCUAUUGGUUUAUUUAUUAACUUUGUAGAUAGCAUGUAGAGACCAAAUGAUACUAGACACUACAUGAGUGAAAGAAUGUAAACGAUUAGUCUCUUGUUCUUGUCUUUAAACUGGACAUGUGUCGUGGGCCACAGCACAUACGUAACAUUGUGCCAAAGCUCCUUGAGCUGCUUUUGUGCUCUGAUCUUUUAUUGUGGCAGCUACUCAACUUUUGAUGCACAGUUAGAUAGAUGAGUGGAAUAGUUGUGUGUCACAUCUGGCAAACGAGCCAUCCUCAAACCAGGUGUUCUUAGGAGACAUUUUUAGUGACUCAUUCUCUGUAAAAUCACAUUUUUAUUAAUGCUCUAUUUUUUUAAAUAGGGUGAUUUUGUCUGGCAGCUUUGAGAUAGACGCACUUGUUAAUCUCUCAUUCCAAAACCUCACUGUGAACUCUCUAGGGAAUGCAAAAGAAACAUUUCUGUGAGUGUCUUUAAUGGUAUACAUUUAGAUAAAACUAGUCAUUUGGUUUUACCAUUUUGUAUUCAGUUUGUACAAUAAUUGUGCAGUGACUUGAUGUAUAGGUCCAUUGUUCAUACAGUAACUUUACAUACCCUGGCAGAAUUAAUGAUGUCUUGGCCAACAAAAACCUCUCUUUCACUCAUGGUUAGUGGUUGGGUGAAAACAUUUAUUAUCGAACAACUGUUUACUCUUUUUAAAUCAUCAAUGACAACAGAAACUACCCAAAUGACCCUGAUCAAAAGUUUACAUACCCCAGUUCUUAAUAUUGUGUGUUUCAAUUCAAUUCAUUUUAUUUUGUAUAGCCCAAAAUCGCAAAUUACAAAUUUGCCUCAGAGGGCUUUACAGUGUGUACACAUGCAACAUCCUCUGUCCUGAAACCCUCACAUCGGCACAGGAAAAACUCCCCAAAAUAUGAAAAAUUCCUUCAAUGGGGAAAAAAGGGAAGAAACCUUAGGGAGAACGUCAGAGGAGGGAUCCCUCUCCCGGGAUGGACAGACUGCAAUGGAUGUCAUGUGUACAGAAUCAACAAUGUAAAAGUGUUGCCCCCUUUAACAUCAAUGACAGCUUGAAGUCUCUAGUGGUAGUUGUAGAUGAGGCUCCUUAUGUUCUCAGAUGGUAAAGCCUUCAGUUCUCAGAGGCUCAAUGUGAUAUUGAGGCCACUCCAGAACCUUACCUUUAUUCUGCUGUAGCCAUCGACAGAUCAACUUGGCCUUGUGUUUUGGAUCGUUGGAACGUCCAAGUACGUCCCAUGCACAGCGAAAUGGCCUGAUGAGUGCAAAUCUUCCUCCAGUAUUUUCUGAUAACCUGCUGCAUUCAUCUGGCAUCAAUUUUGACCAAGUUUCCUGUGCCUUUGUAGCUCACACAUCCCCAAAACACCAGCGCUCCACCCCCAUGUUUCACAGUAGGAAUGGUGUACCUUUUAUCAUAGGCCUUGUUCACUCUUCCCCAAGUGUAACGUUCAUGGUGGUGACCAAAAAGUUCAAUUUUGGUCUCAUCACUCCAAAUUACUUUGUUCCACAGUUUUGAGGCUUAUCUCUGUGCUGUUAGGCUUAUUGUAAGCUGGAUACUUUGUGGCUUUCUUCUGGCGACUCGACCAUGCAGCCCAUUUUACUUCUAGUGCCUCUUGAAACUGCCACACCACAUUUUAACAGAGACUCCUGUAUUUCAGCUGAAUUUGUGGGUUUUUCUUUGCAUCCCGAACAAUUUUCUUGGCAGUUAUGGCUGAAAUUUUGGUUGGUCUACCUGACCGUGAUUUGGUUUCAACAAAAUCCCUAAUUUUCCACUUCUUAAUCAGAGUUUGAAAAGUGCUGAUUGGCAUUCUCAAUUCCCCUGAUAUCUUUUUUUAUAUCCCUUCCCUGUUUUAUACAGUUCAAUUAACUUCUCCCACAGAUCCUUUGACAAUUAUUUGGCUUUCCCCAUGACUCAGAAUCCAGAAACGUCUGUGCAGCACUGGAUGAAAGCUGUAAGGGUCUGUCAGGAGCACAGAAACUCACUCACCUUUUAUACAAACACGCUGAUUACAAGCAAACGGAUUCCAAGUGUGGAUGGUUACCUUUAGGAGCCAUUCAAACCAUUUGUGUUAACUAUUGUGCAUGUCAUCAGGCCAAAAUCACAGGGUAUGUACACUUUUGAUCAGGGUCAUUUGGGUAGUUUCUGGUAUCAUUAUGAUUUAAAAAGUAAAUACGGUUGUUCGAUAAUAAAUGGCUUCACCCAACCACUAACCAUAAGUGAAAGUGAAGGUUUUUGUGUUAUCAUUCAUAUUCUCUGAAAAAUAGCCAAUAAAUAGUUAAUUCUGCCAGGGUAUGUAAACUUAUGAUUACAACUGUAUGUACAGUGUAAAUGUACUGAAUAUGCUCAUUUCAAAAUGUUUCAGAACAUCAUUCAGUCUGAGAAGGAAAUGGGUCAAGCUCCAACGGCCCCCACGUGGCCCCCACGGCGACUCAGCAGCACCUGUCUGUUAAAACCAUCGAGUCUGAUUCUAUGUCCCUGGUCAUUAUUCAUUUAGAGACUACAUUAUACAGACCUAGUAGUACUCCCCAUCGGAGUGUGUAGACGUUGUGGACUGCUUUGAGAUCAAAUAAAAUGAAAAGUGAAGUUGUGUUGAAGGACUGAUUGUUCAUGCUGAAUAAAUAAUUGUUCCUGA